UUUCCUGUAAUUAUUAUGUCAGCAGUGCAGCCACACACCCUCACGCACCCUCCCCACACACACAUUCACACGUACUUAAGACAGUGCCUGGAGAGUCUGGAGUACGUGGUGGCUGGGACACAGUCACUGGACGACAUCGUCAUGGCGGAAGCCAACUGGAGCCCACAAGAUCUGAUUACCAAAUCUCAGGAAGCUAAAAAAUUCUCCUACAGUCCAUACAGCAAGUUCAGAGUAGGAGCAGCGCUGCUUACGACUGAUGGAGCUGUCUUUACUGGAUGCAAUAUAGAAAACGCCUGCUACAAUCUUGGUAUCUGCGCUGAGAGGACUGCGAUCUCCAAAGCCGUGUCAGAGGGACAUAAAGAUUUCAAGGCCAUUGCUGUAGCAAGUGACAUGGUGGACCGCUAUAUCUCACCGUGUGGUGGUUGCAGACAAUUUCUGAGAGAGUUUGGCCUGGAGUGGGAUGUUUAUUUAUCGAAGCUGGAUGGGACUUUCAUAAAGAUGACAGUAGAGGAGCUCCUUCCAGAGUCCUUUGGCCCUAAUGACCUGAAAAGGAAGAAAGCAGUUCCUGUUGAGAACCAAAAAACAUGUUAUCUAGAAAAACAAAACCAAGAGUAAAUCAUCCGUUACAGGUUCCUAUCUUACAGGUCUAUGUAUCAUAUUAAAAUAUCAUUAAAUUACUAUUAUUUGCUUGUAUAUGCUGAGGUAAAAGCAGUGGUGUUCCUAAUCUUUUAGGAGGCCAUUAAACAAAACCUUCUUACAGGCCCCCACCGAACACCAUUCACCUGUCUUAUUAAUGCAUUGCGUGGUUCUUUUUUUGAGCCCAAACACAGAAACUGACCAAUGAGGGCUGCUGAUUUUGAGAUGAUUAGCUACUUGUAUCUUGAGUUCUCUCGGAAUUUACUGUUAUCUGUAACUUGCUUUUUACCUCUACACUUAUAUUUAUUAGGUUGGUACACUGCUAGGAAAUAAAUAAAAUAAAACACCCAAAUAAAAUUGUGCUACUGUAUUAAAAUGACAUAAAAAGUGA